CUUCCUCUUUUUACUUCCCCUAUGGCUCGUCACUCCUUGCUCUUAGCCCUCCUCCUCUUCGCCGCCGUGGCCACCGCCGCGAUGGCGGUGGCCGCGUCCGACGCCGACGACAUCCUGAUCCGUCAGGUGGUGCCAGAUGUUGGCGAAGCCGAAGAGGAGGACAACCUGCUGAACGCCGAGCACCACUUCGCGAGCUUCAAGGCCAAGUUCGCCAAGACCUACGCCACCAAGGAGGAGCACGAUCAUCGCUUCGGCGUCUUCAAGUCCAACCUCCGCAGAGCCAGGCUGCACGCCAAGCUCGACCCCUCCGCCGUCCACGGCGUCACCAAAUUCUCCGAUCUAACUCCGGCCGAGUUCCGCCGCCAGUUCCUCGGCCUCAAGCCGCUCCGCUUCCCGGCGCACGCCCAGAAGGCGCCCAUCCUCCCCACCAAGGAUCUCCCCAAGGAUUUCGAUUGGCGAGACAAAGGAGCCGUCACUAACGUCAAGGACCAAGGGGCGUGUGGUUCGUGUUGGUCUUUCAGUACGACGGGAGCGUUGGAAGGAGCUCAUUAUCUGGCCACUGGUGAGCUCGUGAGCCUUAGCGAGCAACAGCUUGUGGAUUGCGAUCACGUGUGUGAUCCAGAAGAAUAUGGAGCGUGUGACUCAGGCUGUAAUGGUGGGUUGAUGAACAACGCAUUUGAGUACAUACUUCAGUCUGGGGGAGUACAGAAAGAAAAGGACUAUCCAUACACCGGGAGAGAUGGCACCUGCAAAUUUGACAAAACCAAAGUUGCGGCUACUGUAUCUAAUUACAGUGUGGUUUCCCUUGAUGAAGAACAAAUUGCUGCAAACCUAGUAAAGAAUGGCCCUCUUGCAGUUGCUAUCAAUGCAGUUUUUAUGCAGACAUAUGUUGGUGGCGUCUCAUGCCCAUACAUCUGUGGGAAGCAUUUGGAUCAUGGGGUUCUUCUAGUUGGUUAUGGUGAAGGUGCAUAUGCUCCCAUUCGUUUUAAGAACAAACCUUACUGGAUCAUUAAGAAUUCAUGGGGCGAGAGCUGGGGAGAGAAUGGAUAUUACAAGAUCUGCAGAGGUCGAAAUGUGUGUGGAGUAGAUUCCAUGGUCUCAACUGUAGCUGCUAUAUAUCCAUCCAGCCAUUAAAUACAAAGAUAUGCCUGAUUGUGGUUAUGAUGUGAUACUGGACUAAGGGGAGUUUGUAUAAAUAUUUAUGUUGUGAACUUUAUCAUUUGGUACUGGUAAAAUUAUCUCCGUAUAGGAUCAGGAAACUGCUAAGACCAUGUUGUUUAUGUAGUAUGUAAUUUCUGUAUGUAUGCUUGACAUAUACAAGUGGGAAAUCCAAGGAAAUGUGUGGUCCUAAAAAUGGUGCAAGAUAAGCAACUCUCUAUGGAGAUUGGCGGGGUGGGGUUGUUUCAAACUGCAACAGGGGAAUACUUGCCACUGAUUAUGUCUCAGUUAUUGCAUAAUUAAACUAAUAUACGUGCCACUGUCAAUGUUGGUUCUUAUGGAUGUGGUAGUGCCAUACCCAAAAGGAUACCAAAAUGUUUAAGUUGCUUCUGUACCUUUGAUUCGUUUACCUUUGAGUUUGUGCAUGUAUAAAAAUUUCUAUGGACUUAGGACUUCAAAA